ACUCCUUCCACCUUCCCCUGGUUUGUUGAGCUGGAUUUAAUGUUCGCUUUGAGUCCGAAGAAGAGAGAGAUUCAGACCGAGAGCAUGCGUGUGUGUCUGUGAUAUAUAUUUGUUUCGAGGUCUGACCUAAAUUUCCCUUUAUUCUUUCUGAUCUGCUUCUUCAAUCUUCCAUUCCACCUGUUUGUAGAAAGUUCUAUGAGAAAAUCUUCUUAAAAUUAUCAGGCCUAACAUAUCAUCUUCAAGGGUUUCAAGGUCAACUUUUCUCCCAAAGAUCUUGAUUGGGGCUAAUACAGUUCAGAUUUGAUGGAAUCUUAGCUUUUUUUCAGUGGGAAAAAGAAAUCGUGCUUUGGUUUGCAAUUAAUGUCUUUCAGAAGCAUAGUUCGCGAUGUGAGGGAUGGAAUUGGGAGUUUAUCGAGGCGCGGUUUUGAAGUGAGGCUUUCGGGGCAUAACAGAGGGAAAUCACAGGGUUCGGUUAAUGAUUUGAGUGAUAAUAAUCAUUCGGCUCUUGUGAUUCAAAACAGUCGAUGGGCUAAUCUCCCACCUGAGCUUCUUUUUGAUGUGAUUAAAAGAUUGGAAGAGAGUGAAAGCAGUUGGCCUGCUAGAAAACAUGUGGUUGCUUGUGCGGCUGUUUGUAGAUCUUGGAGGAGUAUGUGUAAGGAGAUUGUUAGAACUCCGGAAUCAUGUGGGAAGAUUACUUUUCCUGUUUCCUUGAAACAGCCUGGAUCUCGCGAUGGCACUAUUCAAUGUUUCAUCAAAAGGGAUAAAUCCAACUUGACAUAUCAUCUUUACCUUUGUCUUAGUCCAGCUGCUUUGCUUGUUGAAAAUGGAAAGUUCUUGCUAUCUGCAAAAAGAACACGAAGAACUACAUGCACAGAGUAUGUCAUAUCCAUGGAUCCUGAUAACAUUUCAAGAUCAAGCAGCACUUACAUAGGAAAGCUAAGAUCAAAUUUCCUUGGGACAAAGUUCAUAAUAUACGACACACAACCACCACAUUUCAACACCAAUACACAACCGCCACCUGGCAGAUCAAGCCGAAGAUUCCACUCCAAAAAAGUCUCCCCAAAAGUGCCAAGUGGCAGCUACAACAUUGCCCACAUCACCUACGAGCUCAACGUGUUAGGAACGCGGGGCCCACGGAGGAUGCACUGCAUCAUGCAGUCAAUCCCCGCCUCAUCACUCGACCCGGGCGGCUCAGUCCCCGGUCAACCGGAGCUCCUCCUUCCUUCCUCCUCCUCCUUAGAAGACUCCUUCCGGUCAAUUUCUUUCUCAAAAUCCCUUGACCGGUCAACCGAAUUCAGCUCUUCAAGAUUCUCCGAGAUCAUCGGAGCUGCCACCUCAUCCGAUGUCCCCGAGAGUGAAAAGUCGAAAAUGCCCCUGGUGUUAAAAAACAAAGCGCCUAGGUGGCACGAACAGUUGCAGUGCUGGUGUUUGAAUUUCAGGGGACGAGUGACGAUUGCUUCCGUCAAGAACUUUCAACUCAUCGCCGCCCAACCACCGCCAGUGCCGCCGCCACCGGCGGCAGCGGCAGCUGGUGGCUCGGGUUCUCAUCCAGAGCAUGAUAAAGUAAUCUUGCAGUUUGGGAAAGUUGGUAAAGAUAUGUUCACUAUGGAUUAUCGGUACCCUUUAUCUGCAUUUCAAGCAUUUGCAAUAUGUUUAAGCAGCUUUGAUACCAAAUUAGCUUGUGAAUAAAAAAAAAAGACGAAAAGAACCCUGAAAAGUUUUAACAUUUUCUUUGUGUACCCUUGGAUGAUAACGGUUGUCCGGACAUAUGCGUAUGUGAACUUAGGUGUUCUUGUUUGUUAUCCAAAGCUUGAAAGUAUGUUGCCUAUUUUUGUAAGUUUCAUUUUUUGGGUGCAUCCAUGGACGAGUUCCUGAUGCUAUUUUGGACUCUGUUUUAAAUGAUCUUUAUGAGGUAUUAUAUGAUUUAGUCUAA